AUUUCAGCUUACACUACGGGAGCCGCCUCCCUCCCGGCCUUCCGGUUCCUCACAAACGCUGCACCCCGAGGCGCCUGGGGGCUUUUACAUCAGCUGCCCUGGGUGGGGCCCCUCCCUCUGCACCUUGACCUGGUCAUUAACCCCAGCCCAGCCUUCAGAGCUCUGCUCCACUGUCACCUCCUUAAGGAAGCCUUCCUUGACUGCCCCCAGGGGCCCCAGUUAGCUGUUCUUGUGGCCCCUGAGCUCCGGCCCAGCUGCAGUGCAGUCACUGUGGCGCAUGGUGUGACAUCUGUCCGUCUUCUGCAGGGUCAGGGGCCCUCGGGACUUAGCCACGAUUGGUGUCCCGGGACCCACUGCAGCUCCCGUUCCUUAAAGGCCCAACGCAUGGAUAAGAUCAGCGAGUGGCCAUGCCAGGGACUGCCGCACACCGAGGCUCACUGCAAACAGGAGUAGCCGGGGAAACGGGGGGAGGCGGCGGCAUGGGGUCCUCACUUCCCCUGCAGUGCCCGGUGCUGACUUGGCGCAGCUUCCAUCUCUUGCUUUUUAUGUGUCUGGGUCUUUUGUCCUUGAUGGGGACCCUUAGGAAGGGGCCUUGCUGUCUUCUGCAGUGUCCACAAAAGCCCACGGUGCAGCUCUGCCCUGCAAAGCCCUACCCCGGAGUUGGGCCCCGGCGGCCCAUGCAGGAGCGAAAAGUGACCAGUCCCCAAGGAACGAGCAUCUGACGACACCUGUGCGGCCGGCACACGGGCAGGGACUGCCCGCCGCGCCGCUCCUUCCAGGAAUGGCAUCUUGAGCAGUGACUGGCUGAGAAGAGAAAGGUCUCGUCUGCCCCGUCCCCAGGUCAUCGGUGAAGGACAGAGGGAGGCUGGAGAGGCUGGGAGAGGAGCCAGGCUGAACGCCUGCUUUUCCAAGGCCAGACACGCACGCACACACAGGCCCACGCAUAGGCACACGCAGACACACGCUGGCACACGUGUGUGUGUGUGUGUGUGUGUGUGUGUGUGUGUAGGGGGCUGUGGCAGAGGGGUGACCUUGCCUCUGGGUUAGCGCGAUUCACUAAGACGAGGCCCUUCCAAGCGGCCUCGGCUCCAUGGCGGCGUUUACGGAAACCAUGCCAGGUCCCUCCGAGCCCAGCUUCCCAGCUCCUUGGAACGGCGAGAGGCGCUGCCCUGCCAGGUCCGGAGCAGGUGGCACCUGUCCUCCGCCGGCCCCGGGGCCGUGUGGGCACAAGAACAGCCCUUCUUCCCGCUCACGGGAAACCAAAUGGAAAUCCUCUCCCGUAUAGCAGGCAGAGCACCCGCAGUCCUGGGGUAGGCGGGCUGGAGAGCCUCUGCAAGACCCGAGACCUUCCGCGGCGAGGUGAUUUUCUCACCCUGGUGCACACGUGCGCGGGAAUGGAAGGGGCUGGAAGCCCGUCUCUGAGAACCUAAGCCUCCUCGGGUGACACCUGCCCUCCCCCAGCAAACCUCCGCCCCAAGGAAGUUCCAGGAAGAACCCCACGGGGGCCUCCCCGCACGGCAAAGCAGACCUCACCUCCCGCCACCAGCGCGAAGUCAGCACAGCCGGAGGAAAUUCUGCCAGCGCUUCCCCCGAGCCGGUCUGCGGCGGCCUCCGCUGGGAACCCGUCCCGGGAGCAGCCCCUUCUGCAAACAGAGCGACCAGGACGCCACGGCUCCGCCUGAAGCCAUGGCCCAGCCCUACCCCCCCGCCCAGUACGGACAGAACGGCAUCCCGGCCGAGUACGCCCCGCCCCCGCCGCACCCCGCGCAGGACUACCCCGGCCAGACCCCGGUGCCCCCGGAGCACGGCAUGACCCUGUACACACCAGCACAGACCCACCCCGAGCAGCCGGGCACCGAGGCCAGCACGCAGCCCAUCGCCGGGACCCAGACCGUGCCGCAGACAGACGAGGCGGCACAGACGGACAGCCAGCCGCUGCACCCCUCCGACCCCACAGAGAAGCAGCAGCCCAAGCGGCUGCACGUCUCCAACAUCCCCUUCCGGUUCAGGGACCCCGACCUGCGGCAAAUGUUCGGGCAAUUCGGAAAAAUUUUAGACGUGGAGAUCAUUUUUAACGAGCGGGGCUCCAAGGGUUUUGGGUUUGUAACUUUUGAAACUAGCUCAGAUGCUGACCGAGCCCGGGAGAAGCUGAAUGGGACGAUCGUAGAGGGACGGAAAAUUGAGGUCAAUAAUGCCACAGCCCGAGUCAUGACCAACAAGAAGACGGGGAACCCCUACACCAAUGGCUGGAAGCUAAACCCCGUGGUCGGCGCAGUCUACGGGCCUGAAUUCUAUGCAGUGACGGGGUUCCCCUACCCCACCACGGGCACAGCCGUUGCCUACCGGGGCGCGCACCUACGCGGCCGGGGCCGGGCCGUGUAUAACACCUUUCGGGCCGCGCCGCCCCCGCCCCCCAUCCCGACUUACGGAGCGGCACUGGAGCAAACGCUUGUUAAAAUGCCAGUCCCGUGGGCCGGGCUGGCACCGUGCCCCCUCCCUCCUCAGCAGACACCGGAGCCGGCCUACCCCACCUCUCCAGCGUUCCCACCACUUUCUUGUCCGUUUGCUUCCAGGGUCGUGUAUCAGGAUGGAUUUUAUGGUGCUGAGAUUUAUGGAGGCUAUGCAGCCUACAGAUACGCUCAGCCCGCCGCCGCCGCGGCCUACAGCGACAGUUACGGCAGAGUGUACGCCGCCGCCGACCCCUACCACCACACCAUCGGCCCCGCGGCCACCUACAGCAUCGGAACCAUGGCUAGCCUCUGCCGAGGAGGGUACAGCCGCUUCACCCCCUACUAGCAAGAGACCCAGCCCCUAACAGCAUUCACACUGACUGCCUAUUACAAACCAAACCCAACAGUCCAAACACCAGGCACAGCCACCAGGAAGACAGUGCGCCCCUCCCGGUCAGCGACACGCUCCGCUGGCCCUCCGCGACUCUAAAAUCCAUACAUUUUUAUCUCCAGCCAGCUGGUCUCCCCACCCCACCUGUGAUGGUGUGUGUGUCUUUGACCCUGGUUUUUCCUGUAUGUCUGAAACCUUGAUUUCCUAUCUUGCCUUUGUUGGUGUUGUGUCCCCUGAGUCAUUUCAGGUACGGUAUGCACCUAGCGGGGGCCAGGCCGGGGCCGAAACCAGGCAGCCCUCCCCAGGGGACUAGCAGCAGCGCCCUGUGAGGGCCACACCUGUACUCUGGCCCCUCCCCUGGCGACAGCACCCUGAUACAGGGAGGGAGGGGCUCCAGGCACCCCAGGCAGGGUCUCCAGCCUGCCAGCACUCCUGUCCAGACCCUGCCCAGCUAGUCACAGGAGUAGCCGCCUCCCCCUCCCCUCCUCACCCCAUUCAGCUGAAAUUAAUAUUUUUAAUUAAAUUUUAUUGACGACUUUCCUGCUGUAAUCACAAGCAUGUCACAUGGUGUGCAGAUUGCUGUGGUCACCCCUGUCUCCGUGACUCCUCAGCACUGCUGUCUGAGAAUGGGCGUGUGGGCAGGCCUGUCCCUGCCUCUCCACGGAGCGCCUCAGCACUGCCAGGCGGGCCCAGGCCAGCCUCACACUGGGUGUUUGUACUGGAGCCACGGCCCACCCUCCAUGUCCCCACGAUCUGAAAUGCCUUUAUCAGAGUACAUUUCAGAGGGGCCUCAACAGGGGAGCCGUGAGGCCUUCCUGAGCCAGCCAGCUCCUGUCAGCCCGGCCCCGGAGCCCAUGUGCAGGGGCCUGGGGGCUGUCUCAGCCCUGGCACCCACCCACCCAGCCCUGGGAAGCUGCUGGCUGGGCCCUGUGGUCCUGCCCAGCGCUGGGGAGCUGCUGGUCCCUGGGAAAUAGGCCAAGACAGGGGAGGUCCUUUCUGGGCUGGCCGGGGCACGUACUCGCACCUCUGUGACGGGAGCAUACGGCCCUGGACUCUGAGUGCGCCAGGCUGGGCUUCUGGGGCGGGAAGGCUGGCUGCAGGGUGUGGGCUCCCUGCCAGCCAGGGCUGAGGCCCCGCCGCCCACACCUCACCUUCAGCCAUCUCUCAGGCCACCGCAGCCCACACUGCCCCAGCCUCUGCAGGCGCCCUGCCCCGCUGGUCCUCCACCAGGCCUCGCCCGCCGCAACCCAGGCGGCCCCUCCCAGCCAGGUCCGCUGUGGCAUCUCCUUCCCGCUACCCCGGGCUGCCCAGGCCCCAUCCUGGCCCUGCCCUCUGCCCGCCCCGCCGUCCACACAGCCCCGGAAGACACGGGUCCCAGCAGCUGGGGGCAGGUGUGGGGGCAGCAGGGCUUGAGGGCGGCCGUUGCCCUCGCGGCCUGCCUGAGCUGCUCCUGAGAAACUGCAAGUCCUGCCUUUCUGUUUC